ACUAGCUAGCAUUUAUUACACUGCAACUGCAGCAUUAGAUUAUUCUCUCCACAUUAAAGAACCUGCAAGGAAACAGAAGACAACUGCAGCAUCAGUUGUUGCCUUUGUUGUAGAGGAGACGAGAUCACGAGAGGACAUCGUCUAGGGUUUCGCGGUGGAUCGGAUUCCAUUCUACUGCAGGUAAGCGACCUCUCUCGCUCCCGCAACGCCAAAAUCUUAUGAUAUCGUCCCUAGGAUAGAGAUGAUUUUAUCCCGAAUCCAUCCUUUGUGCCUUGCGCUGCUCCCACUCGAUUUGUUUAGUGGGCUGUCGUUAAUCAUUUCAAGCCCUUUCUCAAUGAGAAAAAAUAAUGGUUCUGCCAAGUGCCAUGGAGGCGGAAUGGUCUCAGAUUCAUUGAAACGAAUACAGUAAUAACCUUGUUAGUAGUUUCUUCUGGUCCGCGGUUCAAAUUCUCGAUUAGUUUGGUUUGUUAAAAUUCUGAUUAAAGUGACCGAGCGUUGAAUUUGGGAUCUUAAUGCCGACCUUCUCGUGGUUUGCCUUUCUGCUGAGUAACUUGGUGGGAAUUCGAAUGGUUAGAGGUAAAAGAGGAUGCCUUGGCGCUGUUCAAAUUAGUACUUCUGGUUCUGGUGUCUUAUGAUGAUUCAACUGACGAGUACGCUUGUGGUUUCAGUUUUCAUUUUGCCUGUCAGGACACUCUAAACUUCGGUUUACUUCACAGUGAAAGGCGUCGUUCUUCCCCUUUAUUUUGUUUUCUAAAAUUCAGAUUAUUUUACAUUUUCAGAUAUUAAUUAAUUUAAUUUUGUUGUGGAGUUACCGGUGAUUCCAUCGAUUGCAGAAUUGGCGAUGUGGCCUAGAACCAAACUGCUCUAACUGAAGGCGUAGAGGAGAUGGGGUGCUUCAAUUCUAAGCCAAAUGAUGCUGGUGCGAUCAGAAGAAGACCUGGGAACAUAGGUGAGGUGGCUGUGUUUAUACCUGGAUUGCGAGUUCCUGAGAGUUUGGAGCUAUCUCAGCCGCUAAGUGAUGGCCUUCCAAGGCGGCUGACUGAACGUUUGUCUGCGUUGAGGAGCCGAAUAGUGGUCAUGGCUGCUCAUGAGGCCCUGUCGGUGACUAGGCCCAGGAAGCGCACCUUCACACAGCAUGGAGGAUCUACGUCAGCUGAUCUUCUGCAGGCUUUGGAAGAGUACUUGCCAGUUCUUCUAGGACUGGUAAAAGAGGGGAGCAACUUGGAAGAUAAGAUACAGUUUUCAUGGAUGAACCAAGAGGAUGAUGCGGAGGAGACGGCAUUGCCCAGUUCUUGGUAUGAGGUGUUGUCAGUUUUGCACAUGAUGGCUAUGUUGCGCUUAUCUCAAGCAAAUUCCCUGCUUCUUCCAAAGACAUCACUUGAGGGAUACCAUGCUAAAGUAUCUGAAGAUAACAAACGAGCUUCUGUUGAAAUAUUUCUCAAGGCAUCUGGAUUCUUGGAGUGUGCUAUCCAACAUGUUCUUCCUAGGAUAUCCCCAGAAAAUAGGAAAGGUCUUCCUGUAGACUUAUCUGAAGGAGUCCUGAAAGCGAUUUGCAUGCAAGCUCUUGGUCAAGCAAUUGAUGUCCAACUUGGGUUGGCAAUUGACAGUCCAAAGGCUACCCUGGCAGUGAAAAGGAGGUUAGCAUGUGAGAUGGUCAAGUGCUGGCAGCAGGCACACGAAAGUAUGGCGGAUUUACCUCUAAUUGAUAGCUGGGGUGAGAAGCACAGGCUAUUUGUGAAGUGGAAGUACAUCGAAGCAAAAGCUGCCGCAUACUAUUAUCAUGGUCUCAUCCUUGAUGAAGGCAACACGGAGAAAUCCCACAGGAUGGCUGUCGCAGCAUUGCAGUCUGCAGAGGAGUUGCUCAAGGAGAGCAAAGAUGUAGCCGAAGCCUUCCACGCAGCACCUCCUGUUUCAAGAAGCCCUCCUGUUUGCGGAUCGAUGAAGUAUCUUCAUGACAAGAUCCAGAAGGACUCGUCCUGCAAAGUUCGCAUCAACAAGGACCUCUACAGCAACGACAGCAUCCAUGAGGCGGUGCCGGCGCUGCCGGAUUUCGCGGUGGCUCUGAAACCCGAGGAGUAUCGGCUUCCUGCCGUGACAGUGGAUGCAGCAAAUGGCUAGGACGUGUCUGCUGUUGCAUGAUCUGCCUUGCCUAUCCAUAAUGCAUCGAUCUGUGUAAAGAGAUUUGAGUUGUGUGUAUGUAAAGAGAUCCAAGGGCCAAUGGGAUCCCAUAUAAGAUCACUCCGUUUCUCUUUUCUUUGGAUUAGCUAGCAGCUAGCUUUUUACCUAAGCAAUGCAACCAAAGGUUACUGUUUUUUUUUUU